AUGGCGCAAACAACAGUCAAUGCCGUCUCGUUUCCAACAGCUCCCCCUGCGCCGCUGGGGCCCAAUCAUGCCGCUCGGCUGAGCAGCCACGCAAGUUUCAGCCGAAUCCCAACGAAGCGCCUUUUCUUAUCGCGCAAGACCAUUACCUCCAGCCGUAGGACCAAUCAGAGCAUUUCGGUACCAUCAGCAUCCUCUAACCCUGCGGACAUCACUGGUCGACCUGGCGGCAACCAGGCAGGCAGCGAUCCAGAUUCCGCUUCCCCACCGACCCAUGAAGACGGACCUUCCCCUGCGCCUGCAGCAAAGUCGCCACCUCCGUCAGCGUCGUCAACUCCGUCAAUUGCGUCAAUUCCGUCAACAACUCCGUCAGCUCCGUCAUCGAAGCCGUCGUCGCUUCUCGGCCUGGUCCUGUCCGCGGGCCCGCCGGGGUCGUGGGACAGCAGCGGCGUGGGGAAGGCCGUCGUGCGGCGCUUCGCGAGCGACAACGAGGAGCGUUGGUUCAUGUGGUACGAGGGGUGGUCCCAUGAUGACACGUCAGCAGAAAGCAGCGAUCCUACGGAUGGAAAUCAGGAAGGGGAAAAUCUAACGGCUCCGCCUGCUCCCGUUCCCCCUGUCUCCCGCGCGCGGACCGGGGUGGCGGUUUCCGCCAACGGGCUGCACUGGAGCCGCGGAAGCGGCGUGGCAGAAACUGAUGCCAAGGGACGUGGCGGGCCAGGAAUGGUCCUUCAGCCCAGCGCUAAUUGGUGGAACUUCGACACGCGCCACGUCAGCGUGUCUGACGUCAUGAUGAUGUCAUCGCAGAAAGUCCGCGCCAGCGGCGGCGUUCUGUGGAUGUUCUACGUCGGGGGGAACGCGGAAGAACUCCCCCUCCCCGCGCGGAUCCUCCCCCUGCUCCCCCCGCGCCGCGCCCCCGCUAAAGCCACACCACCCACCGGAGCACAGCGCGCUGCGCGUGACUUUACCGAAGGGGAGGUGGUCGAGGGGCUUCGGACGCGCAUCGGCCUGGCGAUGAGCCACGACGGGCGGAACUGGGCACGCAUCGAGGGGGAUCACCACAGCGGCGCGGUGAUGGACGUGGGCGCGGAGGGCGAGUGGGACGAGCUGUUUCACGGCGCGCCGCAGAUUGUGUUUCACGAGCCUGGGGAUAUCCGGCUGUUCUAUCACUCCCUUGAUAGAUCCGCCAAGGGGGGGAAGAAGACGGGCGAGACGAGCAAGACCGGUGAGGCGAGCGAGGGGAAGUUCAGGGUGGGGUUUGCGCGGUCGCGGGAUGGGUUGAAAUGGGUGAAAUUCGGGCCCGUGUUUUCCGGGAGCAACGGGAAAUUCGCGUUUGAUGCGCUUGGGGUGACGUCCCGGUAUGUGCUGCGCGACCCGCGCGCGUCAGCAGGGGGAAGCGGAGCGGGGAAAGGCGCGAAGGAGGAUUCGCGCAAGUACGUGAUGCUGUAUGAAGGCGUCGCCGCGGACGGAUCGACGGCCAUAGGGCUCGCGGAAUCGGAGGAUGGGAUGAGUGGAUGGAAACGCAUGGGACCUGUUUUUGAGCCGGCCAGAGGGAAGCGAAGCGGAAAGGGGAAGGUGGAAGGGGAUGGGGAGGGGAGCGGAGAGGGGGAGGACGGGGGGGAUUCAGGCGCGUGGGAUUCGUGGUCGGUGGGCUCGCCCUGUUUGGUGGAUCUGGGUGGCGGUCAUCUGCGGCUGUACUAUGUGGGGUCGGAUGGGCGGGGAUUUCAGGGAAUUGGGGCGGCGGAGUCGCUGGAUGGGAGCUUCGAGUUCGAGCGGUGCGCUAAUCUCGAGGCUCUCUUGUAG